AUCACUGCUAUCAGUUUGGCUUUGACAAUCCUGAAGCGAAGGUAAGUUAACUUCUAAACACGCUGUAAAUAACGCUAAACGACCUAAAAUUUGUCAUGAAAAGAGCCGUUUCUUUUAUUCUAAAAAUAUAGUCUUGGAGAUUCCAUCGCAUUCAAGCCGUUCAUUUUUUUUCGAGGCAUAUCUUAAAUACGGACUGAAACUAGUGUUAACCAUAUUUAUUGGGCUUCCAUUUAAAAUAAUCCAAAAUACUUCAUAUAUCAUAAUCCAACUUUUAGUGCACAAUCAAGUUAGAGGACGUUGAAGAUGAAAUCACAAGUUGAACUGUCCACCAUGUUAUUUGUACUGAUUUUAUCGCUCAUGGCCGCUUUCUGCUCUGCUAAGGACAAAAAACCACCAGACACCAAGGUAACUGCAUUUAUACUCAUGGCCACUGCAAAUUGAUGUGAUUACUGUUAAAUAAUGUUAGUACGUUAGGGAAAAAAUAGGAAUAAAUAAAUUCAAACACAAACUAAAGGUGGUAUGACUACUUGUAAAACCUCAGAAAAAAUCGAUCAAUAUUUUGAAAAGAGAUAAAUUAUUUCACGUUUAAAACAAUUAAAAGUAACCUCGUUACUAACGUGGAAGAAUGUAUAUCCUCUUUGGUGAAAAAAUGAAUUUCUUUUAUCACAAUUAACUAUUUCAUGAAAGAAAUCCAACUUCAAACUUGCAACAUCAAGGAACUAGUUACUCAUUUUGAUUGAAACGUUAAAUGACAGAUAAAAUUGUCAAGAGCUUAAGGCAUUUUGUCACUGACUUUUCUCUUUUUGACAGCCUGUUUCAUCUUGUCCAACUUGUAAUGGCGGACAAACCGGGAUGUGGACAUACAUGACAUGCGUCCCAGGAGCCCCUGGGGCACCUGGCCGAGAUGGAGCCAAAGGAGACCUGGGCAGCCCGGGAAAAGCUGGGACCCAAGGACCACGUGGUGCUGAUGGAAAGAAAGGAGCAAAGGGAGAGCCUGGGAUUCAGGGGUCCGCCGGACAAAAAGGACAGCGAGGGGACAAAGGCGACCGUGGAACGCCACGACUGGCUUCACACAUGAACUGGAAGGAGUGCACUUGGAAAAAGGACGACCACAAAGAUUCAGGAUUGAUAUAGGUAAGGAAGUAAUAUGCCUGUUUAAUAAGAAAAACAAUACCGUUGAUAAAUUUCUCAAAACGAAGAAUUCAUAAAUAUAAUUGACUUUCAUGGUGUCACAGAUGACAUGAUUUUAAAUAUUUUCUUUCUUUCCUUCUUUCUUGUCUUUUUUGUCGUUGUUCAGAACUGUGAUUUUGUGAAGAAAUACCCGGACACUUCCCUUCAUGUCUACUAUGAUGGUAAUAUCGGGAUUUACAACUGCGCCGGAUGCUGUAGUCGCUGGUAUUUCAGCUUUAAUGGAGCCGAGUGCAGCUCUCCAGGAACUAUUGACGGUGCAUUCUACAUGCGAACAAGUACAAACCACAAUCUUCACCGUCACCGCCACAUUGAAGGCCACUGCAAUAACAUUCAAAAAGGAAAGGUGCGAGUGGGAUUCUGGGUUGGAAAGUGCGUUACAGGCCAUAAGCUUGCUGACGCCUAUACUGGUUGGCAUUCAAGGAAUCGUAUCUUCAUUGAGGAAGUACCAAAAGCUCAGCAGUAAGAAGGAGUCAUGUGAUCAUCUGGACUUUGAAACAAAGACGUUAGACUUGUGUUAUGAUGUAAUGAGGUUUCUAAAG